AUGGCGCCAACAAAGCCACUGGUGACACAACAAAUUGAAGCCUGUUACAACAUUAUGGGAAUUCCUCAGUUGGAUAUUGCAGAAAUGACAGGCAAAAUGCUUCCAGUUGCUCGACAGAAAUCUUGGAAGGAAAAACGUGUAAUAUUUCUGACCCCUCAAGUUUUAAUUAAUGAUCUGAGCCGAGGCACCUGCCAAGCGGAUAAAAUCAAAUGUCUUGUGAUUGAUGAAGCUCAUAAGUCCCUUGGUAAUUAUGCCUACUGCCAGGUUGUCCAAGAACUAGUGAAAACCACUCGAGAUUUUCGAGUGUUAGCCUUAAGUGCCACUCCUGGGAGUAAUUUGACGAUGGUACAGGAUGUGAUCACAAACUUGCUGAUUUCUCAUAUUGAACUACGAACAGACGAUUCAUCAGAAAUAAAAAUGUAUUCUUUUGAACGCAAAGUGGAAAAGAUUGUUGUGCCUCUGGGAGAGGAACUAAAAUCUGUCGAAGCACAGUAUGUUGAGCUUCUAGAAUCGGUUGUAAACAGACUUUUGAAACAGAAAGUCUUGUACAGACAAAACAUAAAAUCUUUAUCCAAGUUCAUCAUUCUUAAGUGCCGUGAUGAAUUCAGACAGAACCCGCCUCAUUUCCUUCAGCAUGCUCAACUUGGUGUUAUUGAAGGAGACUUUGCACUGGCUAUAAGCUUGUAUCAUGGCUAUGAACUGCUUCAGUUGCAUGGCCUUCGUUCAUUUUACCAAUAUCUGCAAAGCCUUGUGAACCGAGAGAAGGGGUAUGGAAGAACUCGUUCGGAAUUGAUGAAAAACGUAAACUUUGUGAAUAUCUAUGAUUACCUCAGCAACAGAUUUGGAGAAAAGCCAUCAAUAACAUUCAGUCAACAGACAACCCAAGAAAAGACUGAGCAGUAUGUUAUUGGUCAUCCAAAAUUGGAGAAGUUACAAGAAAUUGUCUUGGAGCAUUUCCGAAAGUUCCAGAAAGAGGAUGGCAGCUCGGACACCCGUGUCAUGAUUUUCUCUCAAUAUCGUAACAGUGUGUCUGACAUCACAGAAAUGUUAAAAAGACAACAACCACUGGUAAAAGUGAUCAGUUUCAUGGGUCAAGCUAUCAAAAAAGAGACAAAAGGUUUUACCCAGAAGGAACAACUCCGUGUGAUGAAGCUGUUCCGAGAAGGUAACUACAAUACAUUAGUAUCUACGUGUGUUGGGGAAGAAGGCCUUGACAUUGGAGAUGUAGAUUUAAUCAUAUGUUUUGAUGCCAGUAAAAGUCCUAUUCGGUUGGUGCAAAGGAUGGGACGAACUGGACGAAAAAGAGACGGUCGGAUUGUCAUGUUAGUGACAGAGGGUAAAGAGGAUAUGAUUUACAAAAGAAGUCAGUACAAUAAAAACAGUAUCACCAAAGCCUUAUUGAAUGGUACCAAGUCGCUCCAUUAUUACCAACACAAUCCCAGAAUGUUACCUGAUGGACUGAUGCCACAGUGUCAUAAAAUGUAUAUUACUAUCAAAAAGGAGUUUGAGACUUUGGACCAGGCAAAAGCCCUUAAGAAAAAAGAGAAAAAAACAAAGAUUGCUAAAGGCAAAAUCAAAAAGAUUCCUGAUUUGUUUACUGAUGAAAAUUCCACAGAUGGGAGAUUGACCCCUAUAUCCAAUUCCAACUCUUCUGUUCAAAGCAGUGAGUUCCAGCCUGGAUUGGACAAUGGGGACAAUGUCAGAGCAUCAAGCCCACCCACCUAUGAACUGCUAAGUGAUGAUGAACUCCCUGAUCUGUCUCCAGAGAAAAAAAUCUCUCAACCCAAAAAAGCUCUAUUUACAUCACUGCAACGAAACUGUCAGGUAUCGGACGUCUCUUCACCAGAUUUAAGUGAUGCAAAUAACUUAAGUCACCAUAAACGAAAGCUUUCAGUUGAGACUGUUGGUUCUUUAAAACUGAGUAAGCUGCAUGAUUUAAAAUCAUCUGCGGAAGAAAAGAAUGAGAAGACUCAGUCGGAUCCUUUUGGGGUUGAUUACCAAGGUACGGCCAAAAGUCUGAAGAGCAAGUCUUUCACGGAGCCAGACAAUGACGAUUCUAAAUUGGUUACGAGUUAUGGUGACUUGUUUGCUGAUUUUUCCCAGUCUUUUGAUCAUGCCGCAGAAAUAGAAGACAACAGCCAUUUACUGCCUGAAAAAACUGAAAAUGGUCAUUCAGGAACUCAGAACCAAACACCAGAUGUUUCGGUUCAUGAAAACUCAAGAUUUUCUGACAACCUUUUCAAUGAAGCAAUUCUCCAUGAAGAUGAUCGUCCUGUUUUUGAUCUAACAACAGAUAUGUUCUCUGAUGACGAGUCUGCUGAUGAUACUGGACAAAAAUAUGGUGCUGUUAAAACACAUGCUACUAACCUAAAAUGCAAUUCAACGACUUCAUCUGAAACUACCUCUUACAGAACACAUGAUCUGGCACCAUCACCAGUGGCUUUAGAGAAAAACUGCAAUUCAUCCAAAUUGUCUUCCCUCAUUGUUUCUUUUGUUAACACCAAAUUUCAAACCAGUGCUGCAAAUGGCGACACGUGUAAAAAUGAUGAUGAUGAUGACGACGACAACUUACCCCUUUUUGAUUUGGGGCUCGAUUUUGAUGCUCUUCCACCAACCCCUGAUCAUAGAAAUCCCUGUUCUUCAAAAACCUCCCAAUCAAACCAGGAGUGCAGCACACCAAUCCUUCUCCAAAAUAUUGCCCUAUCCACACCGGAAUAUGGUUCGAGAGGGGAGAAGUCCUCAGCAGUUAAAGACAUGCAUAUAUCUUCCUCUUCAGAUGAAGAACUGGGAGGAUUCCGCUGUGUCCUUCCGACAUUAAAUGUAAUUGAACAUCUUCAACAGUCUACACCUUCCUCAAAGAAGAAAAGCACACCAGCAGCAGCGGAUCUUUUCUCUGCUCGUUUUAGUGCCAAUGAAGUCACAUCACCUUUACAUGAGAACAAGGGUGAAUCCUCACCAUCUCUAUGUGCAUCGCAAGGCUUUGAUUUGAAAUUUGAUGAACUACUGGACGAUGAACAACUUGAUGGAUGGGAGGUUGCUGUUCAACCAAAGGAUGAAGAAUGUAAGUCCAUUAUUUUGAUUUAUAAUUUUAAGUUGAAUUGGAAAAUGUUAUGA